AAAAAAACUUGAUUAAAUUUAUAUCAAUAAAAUAUCACGAAAACGUGUUGUCAAUAUUGCGCAUGUGGAAAAGAUUUCACCUUCAGAUGAAAUUGGAAUUAACUACUAAUAGAUAAAGAAGAAAUAUUACAGGACCAUUUUCUUCGAAAUCAUGUCACAGAACUUUCAUAAAGAAAUUAAAUCAUCUAUUUUUGGAUUCAAAAUGAUGCGAAAACAUCCCGAGGUGAUUCCCCUCGUAACCAUCGUUGGAUUCGCCUUCACAGGAAUGAUUGCAUUCGGUAUUUAUUCCUUUUUCAGCAAAAGUGAUGUUGUUUUUGACAAAAAGAAUAUACCGCCCUGGGAAAGAAUAGAUCCUGAGAAACCUCAAAAAUUAAUAACAAUAGCGCAAGAGUGGAAAAAAAUUCCCGAAUUAGAAGAACUGAGAAAGGAAUUGGGACCAUGGAAACCGUGAAAAUAUUAAAUUAAAGUAGUAAAACAAUUACUGAUCGCUACUUUUAUUUCACAAGCUGCCUUUAGAGAAUCGCCUUCCAAACAAAACAAGGAUAUGUAACAGGAAUUCAAAUAAAGUCGUAUUAAGCUGUA